CUUAAGACCAUUGUAUAUUUUUAAAUCUUACUACUAAUUUAUGAUUUCACAUUGAGAUAGGUAUUGGCAAAUGGUGACAAACGCAAACUUUAAAAAAUUAAAUAUGUUGGCUUAAACCAAAACCAGCAAGCUGACACCUAGAGCCGUAAAAUAUGUUUUAACAAAAUGACAAAAAAUGGAACAAAACUGACAUAACCUCCAAAACUCCAAAUUUAAAAACACUUGUUGAAUAGUUUUAAAUAAAAAGCUUUUGUUAAUAUUUACUAAAUGAAUUUUUCAUCAAAUUGUUCCUAUUUGAGAGAAGCUUAAAAUAUGGGAGUUAGAGGCUUAACUACGUAUAUAAAUAGUAACCAAGACAUUUUUUUACGUCGACAUUAUCUUCAUGAUUGUAAUCUUGUGAUUGAUGGCCAUAGCCUGUGUUCACAAUUGUAUCGGUCCCUGAAUUGUUUCUCAGCCUUUGGCGGCGACUACGACAAAUUUGCAUCAUAUAUAAGAACAUUUUUCAAAAGCCUACGAAAAUGCAAUCUCAAUCCGUAUGUUCUUUUCGACGGAAGCUAUGAGAUGAGAAAGCUAAAAACUGCAUACAACAGACUAAGAUCUAAAAUAAAUGGGGCAUCUCGAUUAGAUCCUGUCACACAAUCGAGCUUACAAAUAUUUCCAUUACUGCUUAGGGAUGUUUUUAAAGAAGUUCUCAUAGAAAUGAUGGUCCCGUACACAACAUGUGAAUUUGAAGCUGACGAUGAAAUCGCCGCUAUGGCUAGAUAUUUGAACUGCCCUGUUCUCAGUUAUGAUUCAGAUUUCUUUAUUUACAAUGUUCUGUACAUACCUUUUAAUACACUUGAAAUUAAACCAAAACAGAUUGUCCUCAACAAUGUAAAAGUGCAUGUCAUGGAAUGCAGGAUUUUUAAAGUCGAAUAUUUAGCUGCAAACUUUGGUGGUUUAAAAGAAGAACUACUACCAUUGCUGGCAACAUUACUUGGAAAUGAUUUUGUAGAGAAGAGAGUUUUCAACAAAUUUUUUUCUCAAUUAAAAUUACAAAAAAGUAGGAUCAAAAGAAAUGAACAACAAAGAAACAUCCAUUCAUUGUUUAAAUGGCUGCAGGAUGAAUCUCUUGAUUCAGCUAUAAGUAAAAUAUUAGGAAGAUUAAAAAAGGAGAGAAGAAACAAAGUACUUACUACAAUUACAAAAAGCAUUAACGGUUACCAUCGAACACAUUGUUUGUCAUUAAAAUACUUCAAUCUAUGUAAAGAAGAGCCUUUAGACUGUUUAGAUACAAACAUACAAAUUACUUUAAAUGAUAAUGAAAUUGAUAGCAGCGAGGAAACUGACAAUGAGGAAAGUGAUGAUAGUUCUUCUACAUCAUCAACGAAAGAAAACACAGAUUCAGAUGUGCAAAAUUCAAACAAUAAUCAUAUUAAUGGUAUGCCAGAAUGGCUGGCAGAGUAUAUAAGAUUAAAUAAGGUUCCAAGGUUCUAUAUCAAUCUGUAUACUCAUCAAUUGUAUUUUAGUUCACCGCAGGCAGAAGAUUAUUCUGAUGAAGAUGCAUCAUUGUGCGCAUUGCCAAUACUUAGAUAUGUGUUUGAUAUAUUAACAGACUUUUCACAUGAACAUUUUGUAUAUGUCAGCAGAGAAAACAAUUCUAAUUAUAAGAGGUUGUUAGUAGAUAAAGAGUAUUCAAUAUCAAGAUUUAUAGAAACACCAUUUAAUGAAUUAAAUAAUGAACAAUUAAAGAAAUAUUUUUAUCAUUUCCUAGAACAGAAAAUGCCAUUAGACUAUGAAGCCAUAGAGUUAUUGCCACAUAAUUUUCAAUUAUACAUGAUAUCAAUUCUAUGGUGGAUAAGGAGCUGCAGUGUACCUCUGGCUCAUGUUCACAGCUUGAUACUAACUUAUGUAUUCUUAGAUGCUAUUGAUGAGAAAAUUGGAAAAUUCCGAGGUCACAAUUUCUUCAAUAACAAACAUUCUAAAAAAAUUGAAGAACUGAAGAAGCGUCCUUUUGUACCAGCGUCAAUUGAUGAAGAAUUAUUUUUAAACAAACACAAGAUUCAAUAUGAAGAUUGUCUUAUAGCUGGUAGUGUUCUUUUAAAACAUUUCGAAAUUGAUGACAGCAUUAGGAAGAGGCCUAAAAGUUAUGAUGUAAAGAAAAUACAUUCAUUUGCACAGUUCCAAAGCUGUUUGCUCCAGUUUAAUGGCCUCAAUAACUUGUGUGGAGAUCCAUUUAGAAGUACAAAUUAUUCCAAAUGUUACAAUGGAACAUUUAUAUAUAAUAUAGCUCUAAAAUUAGAAAACCAAGAUGACCCAAUACAUUUUAUUGAACAGUACCUAAAAGGUGCUACAAGUGUAUUAACUUUUUAUAAAAGUUUGUGUCAUUUGUUUAAGAAAUGCCUUACUACUAUGAACUUAAGUACUGUCAAAUGGAGUUACCGUAAAAGACGAUCAAGACGUAAGAAAAAGGAAGAUGAAGAUACUAAAUUUAUUGUGGAAGGAUUUGAAUCUCAUGUUGUCAUAUAAAAUUUUUAAUGUAUUAU